AUGUACUCUCUUCGUCUGCCUACCGGCGGCACCAGACUCGGCUUCGCGCUUGGCAGGUUAGGCGGGGGCGGCGCGGCGCACGGAGGGAGGAGGAGCGUCUCGGCGACGUCGAGCGCCGCCGCACCGGUACCGGGCGACCAGGGCGUCGGCAUGGACCCAGCGAAGCACCAGCCGCAGCCACCUCCCCGCGCGCCGGAGGGGAAGCAGCAGGACAAGAACCGCGACGACAAGCAUACGGCAAAAGGGGACGUGAUGACAGACUCGUUCGGGGAGGGGUACUCGACGAGGGCGGACGAGGAAGGCUUCGGCGGGGUCUACGGACAGAACGAUCCUGAGCAUGACACCUCGCAGGGAUCGGAGGCGAAGCAUAAGCAGGACAACGACAAGCAUGCGACCUAG